AUCGAACCUGAAAAAGUUAAUCAACUGUCAGAACUUAUUCAGACGAGUAACGAUACCGUUAAUACAAUUAAAAUGGCCAAUUAAGGAGUCCAGUGUAAUCCUCAAUAAAGGAGAUGAUCGAGAUUUAGAAGAUUUAAUGGUUAUGCUUCGUUUCUUUCUGACUUGACUUAUCAAGGUCACAAUUCCUCUGAUGACCCAUUUCUUUAGUCGAGAACAGUCUAUUAUAAUUUCACUAACAAUGUGACGUGUUCUGCCCGCUAUUUCUUCGCGAAGGUAGAGUCAGUAGGUUCUAAUCGAUUGGAAGUGACCGAUGCCUUGUUCGUGGCGGACAGAAAGGAAAAUGUUGCUGGCCGAUGGACGAGAAUUCUUCUGGCAUUACGCGGCCAAGUGCCCCGGAAUUCGAGCGUCACGAGGCGGGAAACUAAAAAGAUAGCAUCGACGAUCGAGCACGCGGUGAUUCAGGUACUGAUUCGUGAACGUUUAGCAUGUUACUAGUGUUAUUUUUCGACGUCGAAGCAUUUGAAUGAAUUGUCAUCAAUGACAAAAGAGUUAGCGUGGACAGAAGGCAAAGAGAGUAAGUAGGUGAAUAGGAAAAUGAUGUUCACCGGUGGUGCUCACGCGAAGAGGCGCAACGCAGGCGGUGGUUCAGGCCGGAAGUCCUCCGCGGACCGUAGAAGCCCGCGAGCUGGAAGAAGUCCGCAGGCUCGUAGGAGUCCGCAGGCACGCGUGGGCGCGGAAGGAUACACUUACAGAACCAGAAUUCCAGUACUAAAUCCAACGGACCUACCGCCGACAACGUCCACAGGGAAAACAUAUGUAUAUAAAACCAGGGUUCCCCGACGGGAUAUCGCGGCUGCAUCUGUGUCCCCUGCACGCGAGAAAAACAACAUUGGUGGAGCAAUUACGAAAAGAAGAGGAGCAGUGAAACAUAACAAGGUGCACGUGGUUCGAGGUCACAAACUAGUUGCAAAAUUCUUCAGACAACCGACCUUCUGCGCCUUUUGCAAGGAUUUCCUUUGGGGAUUCGGAAAGCAAGGGUAUCAAUGCCAAGCCUGCCAAACAGCGGUGCACAAGAAGUGCCAUGAUAAAUUAUUAACCAAGUGCCCGGAAAGUGGCAGGGAGUCCGAAAACACGAUAGUAAGUGGAUCCGCUUUAUACAACUUCACCGUACAAGCGACAAAUCUUCUUUAG